AUGCCACUCGCAGCUGAGGCAAGCCCUCCAUCCGGAGCAGUCCGGAAGCGCAAGACCUUCUCUCCCCUGAUCCAUGAAACCAUCCAAGAGCCCGUCCUUCUCAGAGAACUCCUCGUAGACGACAUAUACCUCUUUGGCGGACAAUUCGCCAUCCUCUGCCAGUUCGCACACCCGGGUCUCGCAAAGGGCAGUUAUCUCCAUUCCAGCUUCGCCUCCCGCAUCCCGCAGAGACUCCAAAACACGGCUCGUUUCCUCAACGCCGCCGUCUAUGGCACCCCCGAGGAAAAGAAUGCCAUCUUCUCCGUCAUCCACGGCUACCACAAGCACGUCAAGGGCGAUGGGUACGACGCCAACGACCCCGAGCUGCACAAGUGGACCGCCGCCACGCUCUUCGUCGCCCUCAUCGUCGUCCAGGAUACCUUCUUCGGCGGCUUCACGCAGGAACAGACCGAAGAGUUGUACAGAGAGGCUGCCGUGUAUGGAACUUCGCUUCGCAUGCCGCCUGACAUGUGGCCUGCUACGCUCGACGACUUCUGGGCCUACUGGAACCGCAACAUUGAGACGCUGGAAGUGACUGACAUGGCGCGCAAGCUGUGCAACGACCUGCUGUAUCCUGCCAAUUUGCCCUUUCGGCUGCGUGCCAUGACGCCUCUCGCGCGGAUAUUGACGGUUCAUUUCUUGCCGGAGAGGCUGGCGAGGGAGUAUGACUUGGUGCCUACGACGUUGAGCUGGCUGCAGUACCAGGCUGUUGUGCAUGCUAUGAAGAUUACGUGGCCGUUGUUGCCGCAGAAUAUGAGGCAGGCUAUGCAUCAGGGGUACAUGGAGGAUUUGAAGAAGGCUGUGGAUAGGAUUGAGAGGACGGGCCAUUGGAGUUAUGAGUCGAGGUUGUGA